UCGGCGCGAGGGUCCGGGUCGGCGGCGGCGGCGGCGGCGGCGGCUCGGGACGGUCCGCGGCCCGCAUCGCCUCCUCCCCCGCCCGCCGCCGCCGCGCUUGGGUGGAAGAUGGCGCCGGGCGGAUGGAAAUCCUAAUGACAGUCUCCAAAUUCGCCUCCAUCUGUACCAUGGGCGCCAAUGCCUCGGCAUUAGAGAAAGAGAUUGGUCCAGAGCAGUUUCCAGUCAAUGAGCACUAUUUUGGAUUAGUCAAUUUUGGAAAUACCUGCUACUGCAAUUCAGUUCUUCAAGCACUUUAUUUUUGUCGUCCAUUUCGGGAAAAAGUUCUGGCAUACAAGAGUCAACCUAGGAAGAAGGAGAACCUUCUUACAUGCUUAGCAGAUCUCUUCCAUAGCAUAGCCACUCAGAAGAAAAAGGUUGGAGUAAUACCACCUAAGAAGUUCAUUACAAGAUUACGGAAAGAAAAUGAGCUCUUUGACAACUACAUGCAGCAGGAUGCCCAUGAAUUCUUAAAUUAUCUACUAAAUACAAUUGCUGAUAUUCUGCAAGAAGAGAGAAAGCAGGAAAAACAGAAUGGUCGUUUACCUAAUGGUAAUAUUGACGGUGAAAAUAACAACAGCACACCAGACCCAACAUGGGUUCAUGAGAUAUUUCAGGGAACAUUAACUAAUGAAACCAGAUGUCUUACUUGUGAAACUAUAAGCAGCAAAGAUGAGGAUUUUUUAGACCUUUCUGUUGACGUGGAACAAAACACAUCAAUUACUCAUUGCUUAAGGGGUUUUAGCAACACAGAAACUCUAUGCAGUGAAUAUAAAUAUUACUGUGAAGAAUGUCGCAGUAAACAGGAAGCACACAAAAGGAUGAAAGUUAAAAAACUACCCAUGAUCCUAGCUCUACAUCUAAAGAGAUUCAAAUAUAUGGAUCAACUUCAUCGAUAUACAAAACUUUCUUACCGAGUAGUUUUUCCUUUAGAACUUCGUCUGUUUAACACAUCAGGUGAUGCAACUAAUCCUGACCGAAUGUACGACCUUGUUGCUGUUGUGGUUCACUGUGGAAGUGGUCCAAAUCGAGGCCAUUAUAUUGCAAUAGUUAAGAGUCAUGAUUUUUGGUUGUUGUUUGAUGACGACAUUGUAGAAAAAAUAGAUGCACAAGCGAUUGAAGAAUUCUACGGGUUGACAUCAGAUAUCUCAAAGAACUCUGAAUCUGGUUACAUCCUUUUCUAUCAGUCUCGGGACUAAGGGACAGCCAUGAUGAAGAUAUACUUUCUGUCUCAUUUCUUCUCUGGUUAUUUGGGAAAGGAUCAAGCACUGAUUUUUUUUUUUUAACUAAAGAGAAAUGCAGGAAGCUCAGGGGGCAGUAGCACACUUUGCACACAAUAAAGCAAAGACUGAUUAACAAGCUCUUCCUAUCACGGUAGUUGAUUUAUUUGCUCAGGUAUCAUGCUGUAUGUGCAGUUCCAUACAAGGAAGUAAAAUCAGAGAUACCAGCUCCUCUUGUUAACAGCUUUCCAGUAAUUGACAUGCAUUUCCUCUUUACUUAUUGCACCAAUAAUGAUUGGAACUCCUUGGUGUGCAGUAGGAAGAAUAGGAAUCUGUGCUAAGUUGUAUCCAUCGAAAGGAGGUAUAUUAAACACAUUGCAUGAAUUUGCUUGUGUUGAGUAUAUAUAGCAGAAUCUUCUGGUCUUCUGAAACAUCAACCAGAAAUACUUUGGAGCCCAACACUUGCAGUUGCCUUCCUGAUGUAAAAACACUGACAUAACUAGAAUACGGUGUCAGGAAGACAAAUAAAUUUUGCUUCUCUGAAGAAGCUUAUAAUAAUAUACAGUAUAUGUAUAUGUAGGGAACAACUGGUCAAAAGUGGCUUUUUGUUUCCCCAAGGGGAAAGACUGGCUUUGUAAUUAUAAUUUUUUCUUAUUUAUUUUACUUAAAACUGGUAGAGUCUAAGUAUUGUAUAAAGUGCCCAUGAUUCUGUCAGUAAAUUUGAGCAUAUUUUUAUUAGUUUUUGUCAGUUUAACUGGUCCUUUUGUGUGUUUCUAUUUUUACAGUGAAUUUUAAACUAUUUUAAAUGAGUAAAAUACCUUAAGAAAAAUUGCAGUGAGAGAAAGUAAAUAUUCUUUUUCAGAAGGAACUGAUAUUUGGCUAAAUAUUUGUCAUUUUGUUAUAGUUUCUAACUCAGCUGUUUUACUCAACUUUAAUUUCAAUAAAAUAAAAAUCUAUCAAAAAUUACCUAUAGUUGGUGGAAUGAUAAAAGAAAUUUUGGUGCAGUGGUAUCAUAUCAAACUUUAGAAUUUUUAAAUCCAAUGUUUCAAGUUUAGGCCAUGCUUGUAAUGUAUUUUCAAUACUAUGGAAAGAAUAGAUCAUUCAUUGUAACUCUGUGGCCUGAAUGGUUGACUAAAACCUUAAAGAUUAAAUUGUACUGAAGUAAAUCACAAAGACACAAAACAGGUCCUUUCUUACACCAUCAUCUUUAAUCGUAUGAGGAAGUUGUUCAGAAAUUAAACUUUGCAUUUGUUACGCUUUGUUUUGUUGGGAAUUUUAAUAAGUAAUGUAUGUAAUGUAAAAUGUUUGUGAACCAUUGCAAUGAUACUUUUCCAUGAAUCAGUAAGUUGUCUGACAGUGGCCGAAUGUAACUUGCAGAAAAUAAUUGAACAUAUAUUCAAAAUAGCAAUCAAGUCCAUGGGGUAUUCCUUAUCAAGCCUUUUUAGGCAGUAAUCUUUUUUUUUUAAUUCCUGUAAUUUUAUGAACUUAUUUUACUAAUACUGUUGAAUAUGAGAAACAACAAAAAAGAAUGUUAUUGUCUGCUGCUAUUAUUAAUGUGUAUUAUCUGUAUCUUUUAGCUCAGGAAAUGACUUCACCUAUUCGUUCCUUGAACAGAUUUUCAACAGGGUCACUUAACUAAUUGGACUGUUUAAACACAUGUGCUGGGAGAAAAUUAUUAUGCAUUUUGACAAAUUACUUUUUAAUAGAUAGUUUCUAAAAGCCUUACCCUUCCUAGAAUUUUGUGUAAAUUGCCUAGCCUGCCAACAUUGCAUAGAGAAUCAGAACAAAGAAUGAGAGACUGUCAUAGCAGUGAGUAUAUUUUCACUUUGAAGAUUUAUAUCAACUUGUCUGAACUUAAAGCUUGGGAUUCAUGUAGCUUUCAAUAUAGAGAAGAGUAAAGUGAAGCUGAAUCCAUUUUAACAUGAGAGAGGCCACAGUAUGUAUAAGAAAGAUAGAUGAAGUCAUUUGCAGAAAGGUACAGCAUUGGAAAUGCUUUUAUGUUUGUUUUUACAUUUUGCAUUUAAGAAAAUACAGUGAAUGCCAAGGUGAAAUUUCAUGUUCAAGAAGUUAUUAAACAUUUUUAUUGAGUUCCACAGUAGUUACACACUGCUCACCUCUACACCGUUUUUAACAGUAUGAUUUGUCAAGGGAGGGACUGUAGGUGAUGGUUCUUCACUUAACUAUUCACGCUCAUUGCAGGCGCAUCUAAGUGUUUUUAAGCUUUGAAGUCAGAAAUUUGGUAUACUUUAGAAGCAUUUAGGGGUAGAGUUGAAGGGGAAGCAGAGCGUCAGUAAGAGAAUUCAUCCCCGUAAAAGAGUGUGCAGGAGUGCUGGCAACUGUUACAGACACAAGGGGCGGGCCUAUGCCAUAAAUGCUGACUGAACUGUAUAUGUGUGCUGGAGUGGCUGUCACAUAUUUUGUAUAUUGGAAUAAAAGUUUAUAAAUUAUCUUGAUUAAAAGUAAAUAUGCUAAAUUAAGUUUCACUUCUAAGUCUUAUGGCUUUUAUCUUGGAAAUUUUACCAGUAAGUUCACUUAAGACAGGAGCCAUGGAACUUUGAGAAAAGGGACAAAAGGCGUGUAAUAUAUGGGUUUUGUUGCCCCAAACAUCAGUGUAGGGUUUUCCUUUCCUUGAUGGUAAUAGAAAGACAUCAUUUUCAUAACAUAUUACUCUUGAUAUUUUCUUUAAAGAUACUUUUCAGUAAAGAUUCUCAUGAGGUAUUUAACUGGGAGCUGGGAGGCUAAGGCGCUCAGGUCCUGACUCUUCACUGAAUUUAACUGUGGCCUUGGGCAAGUCACUUAACCUCUCUGUGCUUCAGCCUCCCUAUCUUGUAAAAUGGGAGUAAUACCUACCUCACAGGGUUGUUGUGGGGAUUAAUUAGAUAAAAUGACUGUAAAGCAUCUAAGAUUCUUGAAGAAGGCGCUAUAUAAAUACAAAAUAAUAUCUAUUAAAGUUGGUUUAUUUGUG